AUUUAUGUAUGCAGAGAGUGUAUGUGCAUAGAGAGAGAGAGAGAGAGAGAAUAUUAUUGCGUGUAUGUGUAUGUACGUAUGUGUCGAUGCGUAAGCUGUUUUUCAGAAGAACGAGCACAUCUGUUGAACAUAUGACGCAGGAAACGUCUUAUUAAAGCACUUAGUUGCGGCUACAGGAGACUGAAAUCUUCUAUUCAGAAGGCGGAUAUGAAUGCCAUUGGAAGGAGAAUCCCCACCAACCGGGAGAUGAAAGUCUCCGCCGUGUAAUCGAUAGACGGUCUGCAGCUCUGACAGUCACGCGUAUGUAGCUCAAGGCCGAGCACAAUGUUGUGCGUAUGAGCGUGUAAAUGUGGACAUUAUUUAUUAUGUUAUUAUUCAUAUUUCGAAUCGAUGGAUUAUCCUGGGUGUAAAUUACUGCACUGUACAGUUGUGAGAAAUAGUGCAGCGGAAAUACUGUUUGAAACACACACACUACGGAAAUUUAUAUGUAAUUUAAAUAAAUAUUUUCUCUAAAAUCUCUUCUGAGACAACGUAAACAAGUUCACGCACGUUCGACAUGAUUAGAACACAAUUAUAUAUUUAUAUAUAUUUAAACAUCACUGCACGAUUGCGCAUUUAGAAAGACAGAAAAAAAUAAUAAAAAUAAAAAUAUGAUUAACAGUGUGACUACAGUAAAUUAUACAUCACUAUUAAAUAUCGUCAAAAUCCAGAAAUUAUAACGAGCAAUACGUACAACAAGAGUGAAAUAUUAAUUACUCGCUCGAAUUACUUCAGUGUGUAUCACAAAACAAGAAAUACAUUAAAAAUUAAAAGUUUCUAUAUUUAUGAUUUGGAAGUUACAAUUAUAUGUACAUAAAAAAUAAUUUUGAUUAUCUCCUUACGAACGAUAAAUUAACCGACCGAAAACUCAAGAAGUCUUAAUUUCUUUAUAAUGGCAACGAUAGAGAAUAAUAUAGAUAUAAUCCAAGAAGCGUUUUUUAAAUUAACUGAAAAUUACAUCCAACAUGGAGCUAUAAUAAGUGAUUUAAAAUCCGUUACUGCGAUUACUACCGCAAAUGCUAAGAAUCCCAGUUUUCCAAUGUUCUCAAAAAAAAUGCUGGUGAUAUUAUUAGUGCCAUUUCUCUAUAGUAUAUUUAACAGAUGUUUUUACACGAAUUUAAUUAAGAGUUUUCAAGGAACUCGAUGCUUAUUGCCGAAUAAUUAUCUCGUAUGGGAAUUUACAAGACCGAUAUCAAAUUGCGAUUAUUGCCGGGGCGUUGAAGCGCCGUUAAUCUUGCCAAACUUGACCAAAGAAGAGUUUCGUUUUUACUCUUAUUCGCCCCGACCUAUGAUAAUAAAAAACGCGACCUACGAUUGGCCGGCGCGUAAAAAAUUCACUCUAAAAUUUUUUCGAAAUUUGUACGAGACAACGGAGGGUGCCUACGAGUCGGUGGAAGAGGAAUGCCAGUUUUUGCAUUUCAAGAGUAACUUUGCGAAUUUGCGCGAAGUGUUCGCGAUGAGUGAAGAUCAAGCGUUACAUCGAAAUGGCGAAGAUUCCUGGUACGUCGGCUGGAAAAAUUGUCAUUUGCAGAUUCUAGAUGCUAUGAAAGAGUUUUACAACGUGCCUCACUUCUUGCCGGAGGACGCGGAAAUUCCGUACAGCAAUUACAUCUUCCUUGGUUACGAGGAAGGUGCCGUUAUGCACCUGGAUUAUAUAUCAAGACUUAUGUGGCAAGCUCAGAUAAUAGGCAGUAAAACGUGGACCGUAGCUCCGACGCCGGAAUGUGAGAGCGAAUGUAAAUCUUUUACAUUCACCGUCGACGUGGCGGACGUUGUAUUGUUGGAUACUCGGAUAUGGUAUCAUGGUACUCGCAUCGAAAACGGAAAUCUUAGUCUAACGGUCACGUCUGAGUACGGAUAGAUUUUCUAGCUUUUUUUAUA